AUGACGUGGGAUAACCGCGCCACCGGACGAGAUAACUCGUCCGACGUCCGUUCACAUCGCGGUGGUUCAACAGCUGCUCAAUCAGAUAGCGCUAGCCACCGCGAGAGUCCUCCAAUGGAGGUGGAGGAGGAGGAAAAACGCUCUCCAAGCCUCUUUGAUCGCGUAACUCUUGCGUUACGCGACGACCUCGAGCAUGAGCGGGACAGACGUCUUUAG